UUAGAGCUGAUGGUAGGCGAACAUCUGACAAUGGAACAUGCCUUAUCUUAGGUUCUUCUACAAUAGGUUUUGCUUUUAUUUCGGCACUUAGAGAAGGGUUUUUUAUUUGUUCUAGAGCAUAUUUCAAAUUCAUCUUUUCUCUAUUUGAAGUAGAUUUUCGUUUAAAACAUAAACUCUUUUCCAUAUCUUUAUAUUCCGAUCGAAUCUUGCUGAGGAGAGUUUAUUAUGUCUAGUGAAAAUGUUACGAUACUUAAUGGGGGGUGGAGGGAAGAGAAAGAAGGGGGGGAGGGAGAGAGAGAAGGAACAAGGAAUGGUGAAAGGGUAGUGAGGGGCAAAGGAAAAGAGCUCGACUAAGGCCAUUACUGAUAUCGAAUAGCAUAGAAAUAUUUUCUUCGUUGUUUAGUUAUACAUAUAACUCAAACUAAAAAUUUAAUGGCAAAGUUAUGAAUUUCCUUCUCGAGUUACAUUUAAGAAGUUAUUAAAAUAUUACUAUUACGUUUAAAAAAGAAAAAGUAGCCUAUAUCUUUAUUUAUCGCUCAGAAAAUUAUUAAAAGGCGUAACCAGUAAAAGAGGAAAAGCAGGAAAUACUUAAUAUAGAAGUGUAAGGAUAAGGAUUAACAAAUAAAUAGAUAGAUAGAAAGCGAAGAGAGAGAUAGAGAGAGAGAUAGAGAAAGACUAAAUAGGUAAUGAAUAUUAAUUGUAAUUAAAAAAGGAGCGUUUAGAUUAUUCUUAACAAAAUAAUAAAUAAAGUAAGUAAAAGAAAGGAAUUUGUACUUGUUACAUCUUAAUAGAAUAUAUAUACAUAUAUAUUGAAAAAGCUAAGGAUAAACAGACAAAUAACAGGGCAAGGUAAGUUAUAAAAUAUGUAAAGAUAGUAGAGAAUUAGACAUAAAAUAUUGUUACAUUUUAUGUUUAUUCUUUACUUUUCAAGAUAUAUAUUUGCCAUACCUGUUGUUCAAUGUUCGAACAAUCCUAUAAUAUUCCAUUUCCGUAUAUUAAACGACUUAUCAAUCUUAUCUUGAUACUAUUUUUUAGCCGCAGAGAUUGUAAAUACUAAUAUAAUAUAGGCGAAAUGGCCUUUUUGGCUCUGAUCAAUCUAACAUUCCUCAUUCAUUAUGGACUAAGAUAGACGAUAGUCUUUGUUUAGAACGUAAAUGAAUUAUUGAAUUCUUUUCAUAAACUAGUCGGAAAUCGACUGGAGAACGUUUUUUAAUUGUGUGUAGAAGGAGGUUUAAACGAUUGCAAAGCAUCGAUCGUUCCCUUCUCUUUUCUAUAAGUGUUUUCCAACCUUCUAUAAACAGCAACAUAAUUAUAGAAAAAGGGAAUGACUGACCUAUUUAAAAGGCUUUUUUCCACUACCUCUCUCCCAUUCUCACUUGCUCUUAAUAUUGCUCUCUUUUUCUAAAUUCUCCUUCUCUCUUCAUCUCUCUCUCUCUCUCUCCCUCUAACACUUGCUCUAUUUUUUGCUAUUUUUUGAGAUGUUUCCAGAUUCUUUUGACUUGACGCCAGAAGAGAAAGGGUGACAGAGCAUUAUUAAUUAAUUUCAUUAUCGAUACAUUCUUUUUAAUGUAUAGGGUUUUCGAUAGACUAUAUUUUAAUUUGAUGUACAUUGUGACGCAUAAACUUUAGAUGUAGACAAAAUUUAAUAAAUAAGAGGAAAGUGUGUAAUAAAUGUAAUUAUUCCCGACUAAAGAUGGAGCCAGUGUCUCUUCCAUUUUCCUUUACUCUUUCCUCUCUCAAUAAUACUUGCAAUAAUACAUUCUGGACUUUUUAUGAGAGGAAAGGUUUAGUUAAAACCCACACUGAAACAGAAAUGGACGUUUAACUAACAAAUAUACAAAUCAAAUAGUAUAAAUGAUCAUUUCCGGUUAUAUUGAAUAAGGAGCUAAGGAAGAGGAAGUUGAAAUAUAUUUACAGAACAAUUGAUUAACAGAUUGUAAAGAUCAUUUAGGGUGGAAAAAAGGAAGACAACAAACAGUCAGCACCCCGGUCAAUAACUACGCUUCUAUCAGACACGCCCACAAGUAGGCCUAAACGCCUACCUAUAGCCACGUUGCGGAAUGAGCGAAGCAUUCUACCGUCGUCAACCCGACGAAGCCUAUGUAAUCGAAGAUCUUUCUGCAGAAAGGUCGCCACCGGUAGAUGGCAUAUCUGCUGAACGAAUUAACGGAAGAUUAAAGAAAUCUGCUGCUAAUCUACUUCCGUCCAUGGAAAAUUCUGCUGCAAGAAGGGCAAAACAACGAUCUAGAAAAUCUAAACCUAAGAAAAUUGAAGCAUCACCACUGCCACCGCAGCCUUUUUGUGUUGUUGCUGAACAACAACAUCCAGUCGAUUUAAGUGUUCGGGAAAAUGAGGAAAUAGGAGUAGAAACAAUUACGGAGUGUACGCCUCCUUUUUAUACUACAACAGCACCUCCUGUAUUACUUCCCUUAGAGAGAAUUAAACAAUAUGGAAGCGAAAAAUCGCAAACAAAGAUUGGUACUCCGCAAGAUAGAAAACGUAGAACUCAUCAAUGCGAUUUUCCUAAUUGCAGUAAGGUUUAUACAAAAAGUUCACAUCUUAAGGCUCAUUUAAGAACUCAUACAGGAGAAAAGCCUUACAUAUGUAAAUGGGAGGGUUGUAGUUGGAAAUUUGCUAGAAGCGAUGAAUUGACAAGGCAUUUCCGAAAGCAUACAGGCGAUAGACCGUUUAAGUGCGAAUUGUGCUCCAAAGCCUUCUCUCGAUCCGAUCAUUUAUCUCUACAUAUGAAAAGGCAUAACUAGGAGAAAACGAAAUUUCCGGUGCUGUAUAUAUUAAGAAACAAAUAGCUUUAAAGAAAAAUGAUUAAGCGUAUGUAAGUAUAUAUAUAUAUAUAAAUUUAUAUAUAUGUAUAUAUAUUUAUAUAUAUAUAUAUACUUGUCCUUCCGUAUCUUAAAAGCAUUUUUGUAAAAGAAAAUAACAAAAGCAAAACAAAGUAUAAGUUUAUCUGCAGUAAAGUGUUACAGGAAGAAACAAAUUAGAAAUCAAGAAUUAUGAACUCAAUCUCUUUCUUCUUCUUCUUCUUCAUAGUAAUAUGAUUACUUUUAUUAUUUUCUUUUUCAUUUUUUUUGAGAAAAUUCAAAAUUUUAUUUCUGUUAUUUUUGGGUAAAAAGGUGAAUAAAUUAAUACACAGUUGUUUAGUUAAAUAAAUAUUCAACUGCAGGUUUUUUUUACUAUUAGUGAUAUACUAAAUAUACAGUAUAUAUAAUUUUUGAAUAGUAUUAGACUUAUAAUAGCUUAGAAGGUUAUAGCAACACAUGUAUACAAAGUAGAUUGAACUGAGGUAUUAUUUGAAAAAUUCUGUCUUUUUAAAUAUUUCUUUUUUAGACUCUCAGAAGUCUACAAAUUCUUAGCAUAUUUCUCAUACUUGUCUUUUUUUUUCAAUUAUAAUUUAUUAUGUUUAUUAAUAUAGGCAGGAAAGUUGUCUUUUUUAAUAGACUAUACAUCUAGAACAUAAUAGGAAUUGUAGAACUAUAUGUAUUUUUUUUUAUUUCAUUAUAAAGAGGGACUAGAACAAAGGCAAAAACUAUAUACAAUACAUAGGGAUUUAAACGCUUUUUUUUUAAAUAUCAAAGUAUAAUUGUGUAGCAAUUUUGUUUUUUUUCCUUCUGCUUUAUUGAUGCGAUAAUCGUAAGAGAGAGAGAGAGAGAGAGAGAGAGAGAAAAGAAUGAAAAAACACACGGUUAAUAUAAAUGUGAAAAAAGUAGAUGUUAGAGGACAGAAACCCAACUUAGGUUUUUCAAUUUCGAAGAAAAGAUUAACGGACAUGAAAACGUUUGUUUAACAUUCCUUUUAGAUUAUAAAUUGUCAUUUUUGCAUUAAAAUUUCUAUUGAACCCAGUGACAUCUAUCGGCCAAUUAUAUUUUUCAUAUAAGGAUUUUUUGUAGAAGGUUCAGUUUUAUUUAUUUUUUUAUCCCUACUCUUUUAAUAAAAGAGAAUAAAUAAUAUUUCAUUUCUGAUAAUUAUUUAGUAUAGUUAUUUCUUAGGGAAAGAUCAGUUUUUCUCUUGUUAAGAAAUCAUUAGAUGAGCUCAGGAAUCUUCUAGUAAAUAUAUAUACUGUAUAUAAAUCUAUAUAGAUAUAUACGUGUAAAUCUAUAUAUGAUUUGAUGACGUCUGUAUCUAUGUAAAGAGAAAAGAGAGAAAGAGAGAGAGAGAAAAAGAAAGAGAAAAACACAUAGAAUAAAAAUAACCAAUGUUUGAACAGCAAUAAAAUGCAGAAAAGCUUAUUGUGCCUUUAUGAAACAAAAAGAAAAAGAUAUUCGGUAUUAGUUAAGUGCUUAAGAGUUGAUUCUUUUAAGCUGAAAAUAAUAAUUAAUAUAGAAGAAAAAAGAUUAUAAUUAUUAUUAAGUUUUAGAUGGAGUUUUAUUAAUUAUUUAAACUUCAUUUAUAUAUAAAUUACUGUAUAUAUCUUUUGUUCUUUAUAUUGAAAGUGUU